AUGGCUGGCAUCUACGGCGACCGCUCGCAAUCCGAAUCUCGAGGCGGGCGCGACCUACAAGAUGUGCGCAUAGAAUACCCGCAGCCUCGAAACCAAGAGCUAGGGUUCCUGGACGAUGUGCCAGCCUCCAACAGAGACUCGCCUUCUGCACCUCACCUCCAGGCUGAAGACCAGCGGCUUAGCACCUUUGCUGCAACAGAAAUGCAUCUUCGUAGAGCAGUCACGCGCAAACCAGUCCCGCUGCGGCCAAUGCAACGGCCAGCACCCAGCGCAUCAGCCCGGCCCUCGAGCAUGACAAGGCUCCAGGCAGCAAACAAUGCCAGCACAUUCUACAGCCCAGGCUCCCAUCUCAGCGAGUGGCAGGCCCCAGGACCGAGUCCGCAGCACUCCCUCUUUGGACCCCACCCCCAGGGGCUGCUAAGGCCUGGCCGCUUCAUGAUGAUCACGCCCGGCAUGCGAGCCUGGGCCAUUGACCGACCAGUCUCCCAAGCCCACGCUGACAUCGCCAUCGACCCAAUGACGCCCCUGUGGCUCGAGUAUCGUGCCCAAGUCCAGAACCUCUGCCGCGCCUUCCGACGCGACACGGCCUGCGGCAUCGUCGCCUGCUCCGGCAACAUCAUCAGCACGGGCGACUUUGGCAUCGAAAUGGCCGGCAGUACAUACCAGGAGCACCAUGCCGAAGAGGCGCUCCUCUGCGGCAGCCGGCGCACGAGCCGUCGGCUGACGAGCGAGUGGAUCGACGGCCGGCAGACAGACGUCUGGCUCGUCGAGCUACACGUGCAGUGCGUGCUGCUGGGCAUCGAGCCGUGCUUCGGGGGCCGGUAUCCGGGGCACAAGUGCCGGGACUUCUUCAGCAGCGCUGGGCGCUUGUUCAGGCCGCGCGUGGGCAGCGUGGCCCCGGCGGCGACGGGGGUGUUGCGCAAAGGGGAAGUUGUCGAAGCCAUGUGGGUGAGAGCGCGGUUUGUGCCGCGUUCGGACAGGGGGGUGACGCCCGUGUUCUGCUACGAGAUGCAGAGGGACAAGGCGAAUCCUGCGCCGUCUGUUCUGUCGGCGCUCAAGAAGACUACAGGGCAGGGACCGAACAUCGCGUGGCUUGACGCAAAAGAUGAUCUUUGGGGCAGCAUGUACGGGGAUGUGAUGUGGAUCAGCGGUGAUGGGCGCGACGAUGCUUGGCGCGCGAAGAGAGAGGCCAUGUAUCGUUUCCUGGAGCAGAAUGGUUGGGAGGCCAGAGAUGGCUUCGUAGUCCUUCGGGGAAGUACUGCGCCGGGCAUGUUUGGGAGGACCAACUAUGAUGUGCGCACGGCGGAUAGCAGCGAGAGGCCCUUUUGGCUGAAAAUGCGUUCGACACAGGCCCAGGGGCCUAACAAGUUGAGGAAGAAGAGACCGGAUAAGUCCCGUUGA